UAUCAUGUUCAGGCUGCAGCGAUAACAGCUUUCCAUCCUCCUUCCUUUCAUGGACUCUCAUGCACUGCGAUCCGUGGCAGUGGUCUGAUGGAUGAAAUCAUUAAAAACAAGACGUGUUGAGGCUGCUGUGGCUGAUUUGACUGAAAGGAUUUUAAAGGAUAAAGAAAAAGCUCUUGUCGUCUAUGGAUGUGACACGCAGGCUGGAAGUUAUCAAAAUACUCUUAAGAUCCUGUUUUUUAUUUGCAUUUCCUUUGACAAAGGAUACAUGACUGGGCUGUUCAUCCCAAAAAAGGGAACCUUGAUGGGAGUCUGCAGAGUUCACACAUGAUGGACUGCAACGACUCCAACGCUCUGCUCUCCGGGGAGCAGCUCAUCUACGCCAUCACCAUCCCGCUGUCCACCUCCAUCAUCCUGGCCAACCUGGUCAUCAUCCUGGGCAUCGCAUGGAACCGCCAGCUCCACAACACGCCCAACUACUUCUUCCUCAGCCUGUUGGUGGCCGACCUGUGCACCGGCGUGGCGUUGCCGUUCAUCCCGUUAAUGGGUCUCCACCGGGAGUUGAGCUUCAGCUCCUGUCUGGUCGCUCAUGUUUUCCCAAACUUCCUCUUCCUGGCGUUCCUUCUCAACCUGGUCAUGGUGCACUACGAGCGCUACAUCUGCAUCGUCGACCCGUUGCACUACAACAACUUGUGGAUGCAUCGCAGCUUUCCUCUGGCGUUGCUCGUGGUGUGGGCGCCACCACUUCUGUACGCGUCUCUACCUGCUUUUGGGUGGAAUAACUGGACGGGGCCGGAUUGGAAUGGUUGUUGUGAAAGUAGCCAAAAUACAACGCUUCUUCCAAACUGUUUGACAAACAAAACCACGUGCUGCUCAUACAGGAGGGUGUUCCCCAACGCUUUUAUCUACCUGGAGGUGUACGGACUCGUCUUACCUGCUAUUCUCACCAUCGCCGGCAUGACUGGCCGUGUUUUAUGGAUCACCCGAGGUCAGCUGAAAGACAUCUGCCGCCUCCACCGGUCAGUGGAGCGUGGCGGCCAGGCCUCGGACCAGGAGCAGAAGCUGAACUUGCGGUACACUCGCUGCGUGGUGGCGGUUUCGCUCACCUUUCUGGCCUGCUGGGUACCCUACCUCAUCUACAUGCACGUGUGCAUAGCGUUCUUGAUCAGCGACGCCAAGUGGAACUCCACGCCUCACAUCGUGCUGUCGUGCACCGGGAUCGGCAGCAUGGCGGUGGUGCCGCUGGUGCUCGGCCUCGCCAACAGGCAGUACACAGAACCUGCAUUCAAACUGCUGCAGAAACUCAGAGACAGGUGGUGGCGAAGGACGCGGGCGUCAGAGGAGGCGGCGGUUUGA